CCUCUCCUGGGCCCUGCUCCCUGCCCUCCUGGGCAGCCAGGGCAGCAAGGACGGCACCAAGGGAGCUGCCCCAUGGACAGGGCCCCACAGAGACACCACCGAACCUCACGGGAACUGCUGGCUGCAAAGAAGACCCACACCUCACAAAUUGAAGUAAUCCCUUGCAAAAUCUGUGGGGACAAGUCAUCUGGGAUCCACUACGGGGUUAUCACCUGUGAGGGCUGCAAGGGUUUCUUCCGCCGGAGCCAGCAUUGUAACGUGGCCUACUCCUGCACCCGUCAGCAGAACUGCCCCAUCGACCGCACUAGCCGAAACCGAUGCCAGCACUGCCGCCUGCAGAAAUGCCUGGCACUGGGCAUGUCCCGAGAUGCUGUCAAGUUUGGCCGCAUGUCCAAGAAGCAGAGGGACAGCCUGCAUGCAGAAGUGCAGAAACAACUGCAGCAGCAGCAACAGCAGCAGCAGGAACAAGUGGCCAAGACCCCUCCAGCGGGGGGCCAAGGAGCAGACACCCUCACUUACACCUUGGGUCUUCCAGAUGGGCAGCUGCCCCUGGGCUCCUCGCCUGACCUACCCGAGGCCUCUGCCUGUCCCCCUGGCCUCCUGAGAGCCUCAGGAUCUGGGCCCUCAUAUUCCAACAACGUGGGCAAGGCAGUGCUCAAUGGGGCCUCAUACCACCUUGAAUACAGCCCUGAGCGGGGCAAGGCUGAGGGCAGAGAGAGCACCUACAGCACAGGCCGCCAACUGACCCCUGACAGAUGUGGACUUCAUUUUGAGGAGCCCAGGCAUCCUGGGCUGGGGGAACCAGGACAGGGCCUGGAAAGCUACUGCAGCUCCAGUUUGCGCAGCACCCCAGAGGCACCUUAUGCCUCCCUGACAGAGAUAGAGCACCUGGUGCGAAACGUCUGUAAGUCCUACCGAGAGACAUGUCAGCUGCGGCUGGAGGACCUGCUACGGCAGCGCUCCAACAUCUUCUCCCGGGAGGAGGUAACCGGCUACCAGAGGAAGUCCAUGUGGGAGAUGUGGGAACGCUGUGCCCACCGCCUCACCGAGGCCAUCCAGUACGUGGUGGAGUUUGCUAAGAGGCUCUCAGGCUUUAUGGAGCUCUGCCAGAAUGACCAGAUCGUGCUACUCAAAACAGGAGCAAUGGAAGUGGUGCUGGUCAGGAUGUGCCGGGCCUACAACGCUGACAACCACACAGUCUUUUUUGAAGGCAAAUACGGUGGCAUGGAGCUGUUCCGAGCCUUGGGCUGCAGCGAGCUCAUCAGCUCCAUCUUCGACUUCUCCCACUCCCUCAGUGCCUUGCGCUUUUCUGAGGACGAGAUUGCCCUCUACACAGCCCUUGUUCUCAUCAAUGCCAACCGGCCAGGGCUCCAAGAGAAAAGGAAAGUAGAACAGCUGCAGUACAGUCUGGAGCUGGCCUUUCAUCAUCAUCUCUGCAAGACUCAUCGGCAAGGCAUCCUGGCAAAGCUGCCACCCAAGGGGAAGCUUCGGAGCCUGUGUAGCCAGCAUGUGGAAAAGCUGCAAAUCUUCCAGCACCUCCACCCCAUCGUGGUCCAAGCUGCUUUCCCCCCACUCUACAGGGAACUCUUCAGCACUGAAAUCGAGUCACCUGUGGGGCUGCCCAAGUGACCCAGAGGAGGGGCUCCUUUCCUCUCCCCACAGCCUGCUGGCCCACCACCCGGACUCUGUUCCACCCCCAGCGUCUUCCUUUCCCAUGUCCUCUGAAGGGU